UCCCCUCAGCGAAGGGCGCGGCUCUGAGCGGUCGGGGAGGGACGGGAGGGACGGGGACGGUGCCUGCGGUGCCCGGGGGGGAACCGCUGACAGAGAGACGGGACCCGUGAGGGACGGGGCGGUGCCGAGCCGGGGGGCGGAGGCGCCCCUCCGAGUACUUAGUGGCGGUGCCGGGCUGAUCGUGGUGCCGCAGUCUCGCCCGUCUCGUCCCGCCGGUUCCCGCCAUGGGCUCCGCUCCGCCCGUCUUCAUCGGUGCCGAGGAGGUGGAGAAGCACCUGCCCCGUGCCAGCCUCCUGCUCCCGGCGCUGGAGGCCGCCCUGGCCAACUUCUCCGCCGGCGCGGCGGGAGGUGUCGUGCAGCCCGUGCGCACCGUGGUGCCGGUGCGGCCGCACGGAGGGUUCCUAGGAGUGAUGCCAGCUUACAGUGCCGCAGAUGAUGCGCUGACAACGAAGUUGGUGACUUUUUAUGAGCACAAGAAGGAUUCCUCUGUUCCUUCUCACCAAGCAACUGUCCUCUUAUUUGAACCAAGUAAUGGCUCUCUAAAAGCUGUCAUAGAUGGCAGUGUCAUAACAGCAAAACGAACAGCUGCAGUUUCUGCAAUUGCUACCAAGUUGUUAAUGCCACCUUUUGCAGAAGUUCUGUGCAUUUUGGGAGCUGGUGUUCAAGCUUACAGCCAUUAUGAUAUCUUCACAGAGCUGUUCACAUUUAAGGAGGUCAGGAUAUGGAACAGAACCAAAGAGAAAGCAGUGAAGUUUGCUGCUUCAGUCAGUGGCCCAGUGCAGGUCUGCUCCUCUGCUCAGGAGGCUGUUACUGGGGCUGAUGUGAUUGUAACAGUCACUAUGGCAACAACACCCAUUUUAUUUGGAGACUGGGUGAAACCAGGUGCCCAUAUCAAUGCUAUUGGAGCAAGCAGACCAGACUGGAGAGAACUGGAUGAUGAACUGAUGAAGAAUUGUGUUCUGUUUGUGGAUUCCAGAGAGGCUGCUCUCACAGAGUCAGGAGAUGUUAUAUUAUCAGGGGCAGAGAUUUUUGCUGAGCUGGGAGAGGUAUUGCAGGGUACAAAACCAGCCCUGCCUGAGAAAACGACAGUGUUUAAGUCACUGGGGAUGGCUGUUGAAGAUACAGUAGCAGCAAAAUUUGUUUAUGAUUCAUGGUCAGCUAGUAACUAAAGAGAGAAGUCUACAGUGCCAAGGAGGCCAAGAAAAUUGUUUGCAUUUAGUUUCCUUGGAUCUUUUUGCUAACAAGAAAGGCACCAGCCCUGCCUGAAUGUGGCCCUUAUAGAACAUUUAAAAAUGAAAAUUAGAAUGUCAGCAGUAGACUAAUUUCUACAGUUUUCAAAUGGCAAGUAUUAGAUACCUACAGUGUUACUAAGAAAUGUAUCUUGUAUAACAGCAAGUAUUAAAUUAUUACAGUGACACUAACAAGGGGGGUUUUAUGUGUUUGGGCAUCAUUUUGUGACCGUUGCCUUUACUCCCUUAUUAUUUAUGUAGGAGAAGUCUAUAGAUAGUUUUCUUGGGUUUAGAAAGGUAAUUCAUACUGGAGUAAAAUCUAUCAGUUCAGAGAAUGGGUGCUAAUAAACUAUACCCAGCACCUCUCCUAGUACAUUCCUGGGUGGGAUAUUGCCAUGUUCACACUGCAUGGAGCCAUCAAAAACAUGAGAAGUGAAAAUGUGUUUUGAUUUAACUUGUAUCUCCCCACAGAAGAUAGUUCAUUUUUUUAUUAAUCUAUGGUGUUCUUAAGUUCUUUUUCUUAGCUGCUUGAAGGUUGGAACUAUACAAAUUGUUUUCAGCAGGAUAACCUUCCAGUACACAGGCAAAUAUUUCCAGCUUGGCUGUACCAUAGCUCAAUUGGUAAUUGUUCUUUUGUCCCAAGGGAUAUGAGCUAGGGCUGGGAUUUCCAUGGCUCUUUCUUGGCAGAGAAACCCAAUGAUGUUCUACGUAAGGAAAAGUUCCAGUUUUGUGCUGUUAUGCAACUGCCUUACAAGAGCUUGAGCUUCUGCUGAAAAAAAAACUAUUGCCCUAGAAACAUAUUCCUGCCUCUGAUUAGAGCUGUGCCUUACAACAUUUUAUUUCUGCUAACAUUUCAUGCAGGCUAUUAAGAAUUUCUUCACUCUUUGGAAGGAUUAGAUGACAUGGUCAUUCUAUAUUGAUGCCAGUAGAAUACAGUGGAGCCCACAGGAAGGACAUUCAGAAGCAGUUAGCAUUAAAGCCCUUGAGGGUAUAUAAGUAAGUAUAGAAAUUAAUGAACACAGUGCAAGUAUGACAUAAAUGACACUCCAAAUUGUAAGCCUGGUGAAAACUAGCUGGGAAAAAAGUAGUAAGUGGCAGAGUUUGUAGUUAUUUGCAAAGUUUUAGCAUGGCAGAGCACCAGACCAGUAAGUGAAUAGGGCCAAAGGAUGUGUUUGUGGGUAGGAAUCUAACUCCAUUGAUCUUGUUUAUAUCAGCAGAAACAAGGCCAGAAAUUUCUGUAUAAGCUUUGCAUUUUUUAAUUUUAGCAAAGUUACCCUUCUCAUUUUACACAUUUUUUUCUUUGUCAUUUCUGAAGUGUUCAGAAUUCUAAAGUAUUGACUUACACUGUUACUUCAGAGAUAAAGAACUCAGUAGCUUCAGCAAAAUGUGAUAGUUGUUAAUGCUCCAUAAUUCAAGAACUCUAUGGAAACUUGCAUUUCUUAGGACAGUAUUUUCCUAGUUCUGUGUAUGAGAAUAACAGGGUUUGUAAUUUAGAAUGAGACACAAUGUUUGGGAAGAAGACAAAUAGUUUAUUUUCACAUGUACUCUUCUACAGACCAUGCACUUUCAAAGUAGAUGGAACCAGUCCAGAAACCUGGUUCUGAAAACCCAGGGUGUUCACAGCUUGCAUUGGCAAUAGGAGCCUGGCUUUGAAUUCAUUAAGGGGAUUUUAAUCAACUACAACUGGAGAUUCUUGGGUGGUGUCUUUACAUUUUUUCAAGGGAAAUAAUAACCUUAAUUUCUGUGUUUCCUUCUCUUUCAAAUCAAAGUCUCAAGAAAUUGUGUAACUUGCAUUUAUGUUAAAAUUAAAUACACCCUGUUUUUCUUUGACUUC